UUUUAAUUUGUUCCAUUUUUGGAUUAAAGGAGGAGCACCCAAGAAUGACUUCAAAUAAAAGUGUAACCAGCAAGUCAGACAGACCCAUUGCUGUUUUAUGGAGUUGUGAGCUGAAUGCUAAUCAACUGACGCAGAAGUUUGAAGUUACAGAUGAUGAGCUCAGUGAACAUCAGCUGGUUUUGAAGACGAUAUGUUUGGGUGUCGGUGCAAAGGAUGAAGUGAACAUUGUGGAAAUAGUACCAGAGGAUGAGAGUGCACCCAUUCCUAUUGCGACCUUGCAGCUGUCCAUCUUACCAAUGACCACCAUCUGUGGUAUUGAGCUGACUCCCCCUGUUACCUUCAGACUGAGGAAUGGAUCAGGGCCUGUCUAUGUCACAGGACAGAACAUGGUCUUAGAGGAUUAUCCAUGGGGUGAGGAGGAAGAACAGGAGGAGGAAGAGGAGGAGGAGCAGGAAGAGGAGGAAGUGGAAACACCCCCAAAACCAGUGAAAAGGGCUGCAUCCACCAAAAAAGCAGGACUUGCCAAGAAGAAGAGGGUCGACGCUGACAAGUCGGAAGAGGAAUCUGGUGAGGAACAGCCUGUGAAAAAGGGAAAAGAGUCAAGCAAAGUCAAAAAGGGAGCAGCCAAGAAAUAAAUGGUUUUUGUAAAAAACUGAGGAAUUUAAAAGGUAGACCACAAAGCCCGGAGGAAGGACUUAACUUAUUUUUGUAGAAUAUUGCGAUACAAUGAAUUGGAAUAAAGUUGACCCUUUAGUACA